CAUAUUUAUUAUACAAUGGGGUUGCUUAUAUAUUGUGUCUAUGACACACAGGUGGACAACAAAACUCAAGUUCGAAUCUCGAAAACUUUACAAACGAAGAUCCAGCGAGCGAACCGCGCUGGGUCGACUACGUCGGUCACAUGGGGUGGAAAGUCAACCGUGCGCGACAGAGGUUCGGGGAUCGCGUCGUCUGUCGCGUUUACCCCAUUGAAAGGAAUUGAGAUUGUGAAUCCCAACGCUGCCGAGAAGAAACAAGAAGAAGAGGACGGUUGCAGCACUUACUUCUCUAACACUGCUUCCUUUGUUAAACUUAAACCAAGAAAUGUACCGAGUGCUUGAAGGAUCUCAGCAUAUGAAUAUCUUUCAUUGGUUGUAAACUGGAUAUUGCAACCUUUAGGCAACCUGUGCUAAACCACUAGGGUACAACUCUCUAAAUCCCUAUGUUGCGUAAGAGUGUGUCACUUUUUGAUUCGGUUACAUACUAGAUUGGUUUACUUUUGACUGCUAAUGUAAAAGUUAAAACCAUUUUUUAUGUGUGCUGGUUGCGUACUGUCACUGCUUAUUUGAAAUUGUACCAACGUAAGCCAUCGGUCUCCUUAUGUGUUUUAUACUGAAUCAUUUGAAAUAAAACUGGAUAAGUUGCUU